CUUCGCCCAAGAACUUCCGGAGUCGCUGUGUCUCUGGUUUGUGCCGGAGAAACUACAGAGUGCGAAAUGUUGUCUGUGGACUUUCUAGAUGAUGUGCGGCGGAUGAACAAGAGACAGCUCUAUUACCAAGUGCUAAACUUUGGUAUGAUCGUGUCCUCCGCACUGAUGAUAUGGAAAGGCCUGAUGGUGAUCACUGGCAGCGAGAGUCCAAUAGUUGUUGUCCUAAGUGGCAGCAUGGAACCAGCAUUUCAUCGUGGGGAUCUGCUCUUUUUGACCAACCGUGUUGAUGAUCCUAUCAGAGUUGGAGAAAUCGUGGUCUUCAGAAUAGAAGGAAGAGAGAUCCCAAUUGUACAUCGUGUUCUCAAAAUACAUGAAAAGGAAAACGGAGACAUCAAAUUUUUAACCAAGGGAGACAACAAUGCCGUGGAUGAUCGAGGACUUUACAAGCAGGGCCAGAACUGGCUGGAAAAGAAGGAUGUUGUUGGAAGAGCAAGGGGGUUUGUACCUUAUAUUGGAAUUGUCACAAUCCUCAUGAACGACUAUCCUAAGUUUAAGUAUGCGGUCUUGUUCCUGCUGGGACUGUUUGUCCUUGUCCAUCGAGAAUAACACAAUUAACAUUUGGCGGAUAAUGUACUGUUACAGAUACAGCGUGUGUAACGAGUGCAAGAGUUAGGAACGGACAAACCUCGCCUAGCAGUGUAAAGUUUUACAUUUGACAGUAUUUCUUUUUCUACAUGCGUCUAUGUGCUCUCUCUUUCUUAAUAAAGGGAAUGUGUCAUCAGAAAAUGACCUAUUGUUUAAAUCCUGUUCUUAUGUUAAACAUAUUUUGAAAGAAUUCUUGGUGGUGUUUUUUUUUUCUUUUCUAUUUCAGUAUAUAAAAAACAAACAGAAAACAGUUUUCCCACUGGCCACAGCAAGACUAGAAAACUCUCCCAUAGAAGUCAAUGAGGUCCCCUCCUGACCAUUGUGUCUAUGACCGAUGUGACUGCCGUAAAGCGAUUUUCUAAAUGCUGUUAAGAACAGCUCAGGUAAGAUGGCUGCCCCCAUAAUCAUGUUCAGGAAAUAGAAUAAAGAAAUUUGACAUCAGUAAUUGAAAACAGAUUAGAAAAAAAAAUGUCACUAUCUCGUUUUGACUGGCAGAUAACAUUUUCGGUGACACAUUCCCUUUAAUGCAGGUAUGAAAUAGAGUGCUUAACUAUGGGCCCGAUCAUUGCCACGGCUCCUCUACCUCCGUGGCCUGUCGUCGGCCGAUCAUGAGGUUCUGCUGCACUGUUUACUUUUUCUAAUAUUUUGAAUUUUAAACCAAAGUCCUUUAUUGUUUAAAUGGUGUAGCCUCUCUUCAUUUUAUUUGGAAGUGCCUACGAAUUCAUGUAUGUGCAGUAAUCAGUCCUGAGUAGUCAUGAAAUAAUACAGCUACAUUACAUUGUACUGACUGUAAGAGCGCGCGGCAAUUCUCACUUAGUCAGCAGAAUAUAACAAAUGAUGUGCUUUUUUUUAA